AUGAGGACUGAAUUCGACUGUGGAUUUGUGUCGUUCAGUGGGCCCGAGGGUGUUGAUGCCGCACUUGCCGGAACUCCGAUCACCGCUAAUACGCCGGUGACGCCAAUGCAUUCCGACAACUCGUCCCUCAACCCCUCAUCCAUCGUCCUUCAGCCGCCGCCGAUAAGUACAGGUAACUAUAGGAAAAGUUGGUAUAAGAGAAUAUCUACACUCUGCAGGCUUGAAAACUUCUCAAUAUUCAACGACCGGAAACGAAGAUUCCGUAAUGGUUCGUAUUACACUACAGUGACACUCGUGAAUACGAAGCAGCGAUUUUCCAGGGCCAAGACUUUGAAGAACGAUUCCAGCAGUAAACAUACGCAAGGAACAACGAUCGGACCCGGCGAAGUAAUGGCCAGAACGAAGCAACGAUCGACGACAAGAACGUCGUUUAGUUGAUAGAAUAAGUAUCCCACAUAUUGUAUCAUAGUCGUGCCUAUACAAGUUCAACACCGUCGGCCAGUCACGCGAUCCGGAUUAAAUUUGCCCUCCACACAUUGUUAUAUUAUGAUAAUCGAUUUAUAAUAUUAAAAA